GAACAACAUAAUGUGAUGUGGUCUUAUUUCUGCACAAUGGUUAUGUGUCUCUUAAACAAACAAUUUUAUAGCCAAUUGAUUAUAGAGAAAAAUAAAAGAAAUUUGUAUUGAAGUGCGUAACACGAUUGACAUAAUAAGAGACAACCCAUUACUGUACAUAGUUUUCCAUGGCAUGGAGUCACUUUGACGGAUCUUUUAAGUACUAUUCCGUCGUCUUGAAAUAGUAGCAAAGAGAAUAUGGUGAAUUUUGAAUGAAAAAUGUAGAUAUUUGAUAAUAAUAAUAAAAGGAUUAUAAAUUGUUGGAAUAAAUUUCAAAAAUGAUGAAAUUUAAAAAGUAGUAGACUAUUAUUAAAAAUAAAAAUAAUAAUGAUAAAUAAAUGGGACAUGGUAAGUACAUAAUGUAUUUGGAAAAUUAUCUAACAUUGUCAUUAAUAAGGUUUUGAAUUAUUGAACCAAAAAAUAUUGAUUUGAAUGGAGUUAAUAUUAGUGAGGUUGAGGAAUGAUUAUGAGAGAUGGAUCCAUCCUCUAAAUUAUGUCAAUCUCAAUCGAAUAAAACGUAGGACUCCAUGAUCUAUAUUCAUCCACGUGUAUUAAAAGUUGCAGAAAAGACACUAAUCACACCAAACAAACCCCACCUGUCAAACAAACACCAUGCAUCUAUAUUAUUGUUUAGCAAACAGUGCAAAACUUGCACAAAAGAAGCUAAGCUAGGAAAUUAACGGUGUAAAACAAUGGCGGCGCAACAACAUCGUCAUCCAUGGCGGAGAGAAGAAGCUACAGGUGCAGGGGGAGCCAUUAAGUAUGGAGAUGUGUUUGAAAUGUCAGGCGAAAUGGCGGAUCAGCCCAUCUCGCCUAGGGAUGCAGCAGCAAUGCAGUCUGCUGAAAAUAGUGCAUUUGGGAAGACUAUUAAAGGUGGACCUGCUUCUAUUAUGCUUCAAGCUGCUGCUAAGAAUGUUGAAGCUGGUCUUCUUCCUCCUCAUCAUGCUUCCACUUUUCAAAAUGCUCCGAAAUCUUUGCCGUUGAAGCAGAAGGUAGAGAGCAACCCAUGGCAUGAAUCACAAGCAUCACACGAGCGAAUGGAAUCGGCUAUAUCGGUGGAAGGUAUGCGUGAAGGUACAACAGCAGGGGUGACAAUAGGAGAAGCGCUGGAAGCCGUUGCUGAGUCUAUAGGGGAUAAACCUGUUGAUCUGUCUGAUGCUGCUGCUAUACAGAUUGCAGAGAUGAUUGCCACUGGAUCGAAAACUAGUCUUGGUGCUGGCCUAGGUGCUGAAGCUCAGGCUGCUGCCACUGCUAAUGCCCAGUUGAUGUAUGAUGAGGACAAGACCAAGAUCUCUGAAAUUCUACAGGAAGCAACAAAUAUGCUUACAGACGACAAGGCAGCAACUAAGCGGGAUGCAGAACGAGUAAGAGCAGCCGAGUUGGAAGGGCCUGGAGUGAUGGGGCUAGAGGCGAGCAGUCACCGCCAGUCUACCACACCUGGGGGAGUAGCUGAGGCCAUUGAGGCUGCAGCCAGGAUUAACGAAGCUGAUAAAUGAAGGCAUCUUGUUAUGUAUUACCUUUAAUUCUAUUUCUUACCAUCUGUUUAGAGUUCUACUUUUCACUACAGUUAUGAAAAUAUAUGUCAUCUAACUUCUUGUUCCCAAGUUUUUCAUUUGAUUUAUUUUUUUUUUAACUACA